AUGAUAACAAACUUUACCGGAAAGGAAAGCCAAAUAACGAUCGAACAACUAUACUGCUCAGCACAAUUAGGAGGAAACGUUCACGGCUAUUUAAUAUUACUGUCUGUGAUAAAUACAUUCCUGUCUAUUACCGCAUUUCUGGGGAAUACUCUGAUUCUAGUUGCUCUGCGCAAGGAGACUUCACUUCAUCCGCCGUCCAAACUCCUCUAUAGCAACUUAGCUAUAAGUGAUCUUUGUGUUGGUAUCAUCGUGGAACCAGCAGCUGUUUCUUAUUGGAUAUCUGAGGUGAUAGAACGAUCGGAUAUUUGUCUAUACGCCUUAGACUUAGCAUAUGUCACAUCCUAUGUUCUGUGCUCUUUGUCUUUGGGGACAACAACUUUUAUAAGCCUGGACAGACUUCUCGCCCUUUUGCUAGGGCUCAGAUACAGACAAGUUGUAACUUUGAAAAGAAUAUAUUUAACUAUAACAUUUCUUUGGGCUAUCUCCAGUUUCGCUGCAACAACGUACUUGGUGAGCCCCGUUGCACACCCCUGGUUUGGAAACAUAGGUCUAUCACUCUGUUUAGCCAUCUCAAUCUUUUCUUAUACGAAAAUUUUCCUUACCCUACGUUACAAUCACAUUCAGCCACACCAAAACGUCUCGCAAGCACGGCCAACCCAAGCAUCUCCACUGAACAUGGCUAUAUACAAGAAAGCAGUAGUCAGUGCAUUGUGGAUACAAAUAACAUUAGUUGUUUGUUGUCUGCCGUUUUUUUUCGCUUUAGUUAUAACACCUCAAGGAGACCCUUUACCAUAUUACAUUGCUCGACAAUUUGGGGCUGUAUUUAUUUACCUAAACUCGUCAUUAAACCCGUUGUUGUACUGCUGGAAAAUCAAAGAAGUCAGAAAAGCGGUGAAAGACACACUCAAACAAGUUCCCUGUUGGUUACUGUAA